GAGUUUACCCUAGCACUGGGUGUUCUCUGGAUGGGUAACUACAGAAGACCUGUGACAUCACUAGCAAUCAGCUGGUUUUGACAGCUACCUCCAGUGGUCAUCAAGCUCCCUUGAAAAUAACAAAAUGUUCGACUCAUCAGACUCGGAUGAUGAGUCGAGUCAGGCUUCAAUACAGACACUGAAGGUAGACUGGUUGGACAUGUCAUUCAUGGGCUGUCCACAGAGUGUUGCACUCAGUGGUCUUCCAGGCUGUCGCUUCAGAAAUAUAAAUCAAAACCUGCAUAUGGAUUUAAAUAAGAUAGAGAAUUUGGGCAUUUCUGAUGUGGUGAUGCUCGUUACAAAAGGUGAAUUGCGAAAAUACAGAGUGCCAAAUUUGAUAGCAGAAUACGAGAUGAGAGGAAUGCGGCUCCACCACUAUCCAUUUCCUGAUGGCACAGUCCCUUCAGUUGAAAAUGUAAUGAAAAUCAUUGAUACAGUUCGCCAGGCAUUAGAGGAAAAUCGAAAGGUUCUCAUUCAUUGCAUGGGUGGGUUAGGGAGAGCUUGUGUUAUAGCCUCUUGUCUCCUCCAAUACUUCGAGAACUCGUUAACUCCAAACCAAACUAUUUUCGUCCUGAGAGAAAUCAGAGGUGUACGGGCAAUACAAACAGUCAAGCAAUACAACUUUGUUCAAGAUUUUAGAAGCUUGUGUGAAACCUGGAUGGAUGAAGACAUUGAACGUUCAGUGUCCCGAUGACAGUCCACCCAUGGUCAAAAGACUUCAUCCAAUGCAGAGGGGAAGAACUGACAACCAUUUCUUGAUGCUAAGGACUACUAUGAUACAGGGUAAAAAAAAAAAAAAAUGGUUUA